AUGACAUCUAUCGUGAAAGCACAAGUUAGUGACGUAAUCACCGAAGUUGAAAGUGCAGUGAGUAGAAUAUCUACAAAAUCCAGUUCAAAACCAUUAAAUUUACAGAGUGGUGACGAUGUUUCAGUUAGAUUAGCUUCAAUCAACUUGGGAUAUCAUCUAGAAGAUGAUGAAAUAGAAAAGGGCAUUGUUAAUGUGAAAAGCAGUGGACUUGAAAAAACCGUCUUUCAUACCGAAGGGGUUACUAUCAACAGUGUAAAGGGGAGUAUGAAAGAUACAGAGAAUAACAAAAUAGAUGAUUACACUGAAUCAGCCAUCAACUAUCCCAGAAAGGAAAACGAGCCAGCUUUCGUCAAUAUAGAACCUACCUCGCCCUCGGAGUUGGCAGCUUCUCUACCUCCAUAUAAAUGCUACACCACCAACUUCAAAGAUGUACAGUCUCUCAAGAGCAAACAAGGAGGUUUCAUAAAUUCCGUUACUAGGGUAGAUGAAAACAAGUUUAAUCCAGUCAGCAAAACGUUGAGUAUGGAAACCAAUGUGAGACAGUUUAAAUUGUCAAGCAAUACAGUGCCACAUUGUUAUUCACCGUUAUUGGCUAAUAGUCCUAUUGGAGAUGAGUCUCAAAAGAACCAAGUCAACUUUUGGAUAAAUAACGAUUAUGAUCAGUUUUUUGGAGUAAACAACUUCAAGAGAGAGAUCGAACUAGCAAAGGCUAUGAGGUUUGAUGACGGUGUUGUUCCUGGAUUGACAGGUGAACACGCCAUUUACAUCAACACGAGAAUCAUAAACCCUGAUAAAAUUUUAAAUGCAUAUUUAAAAGAAGGCAUGAACAAAAAGGAUCUAUUUAUUGAUUUGAUUUUGAACAACAAAGGAUGUAAUAUUUUGCUUCAAUUGUUGAAAUAUUUUAAGUACAACGAUACCAAAUUGAAGUCACGCAUUGGUUCAAUAUACAUAAGAAUCCUGGCAUCUUAUGUCAAUCAGAUGAAGGUGUUGUUCAAUUUGCUAGUUGAGAAUGACGUCUUUUAUCAAAAAGUGAAAUCAUUGGGAUUAUUUGUUGGAUUGCAUCAAUAUGGCAAUGGCUACGUAUUUGGGUCACCCGAGGACAUAUCAAUAAAGCUCCCACUGAUGUUGGAAAAGUUAGUCGUUGCCAACGGAAUGAGCCUUGCAGAUUUUGCUCUUUUGCCAGUAUCAAUUCAAGAAAUAACAUUACACAAUGUUGGUGGGGUAAACUUUAGCAGGUUCAACCUAAACAAAAAUCUUAAGCAAUUAAGUAUCAGUGGUGGAGGACCUUUCAACAAUCGCUCUGAGAAAUUUCCUAAAGGUUUCUUGGAAUUGGAAAAGUUGAGAUUAGAGUCACCAGUAGUGGCAAACUUUAACUUUAAGCGGUUCACUCAUUUGUCCACCUUGAGCUUGCUGAAUUUGACUUUUGCAAAUACAAAAGUUCUAACCUUUCCGGUAUUGUUAAAGAAGUUGGAGUUGGUUGAUUGUUGUAUCAGCUCACAGGCUUCAGCAUUUCCCGACACUUUAAGAAUUUUGACUGUUAUCAACGGGAAAUGGAGUUCCAAAACUUGUAUUUUCAACAAGUUGCAAAGAUUUCGAGUCGAGAACUGCGAAGUGAAGGAUUUGCACGAGAAGAUUGAGUGUUGCAAGUCCCUACUCAAGUUGGAAGUAACUAAUUGCUUCAUUGAUAUGAGCAAAUUCAAGUUUCCUCAUAGUUUAAAAGUACUUAAAUUGAUUGGGAUUUCAUUGAAGGGGAUUAAAGUUUCUGCAUUUCCUCCUUUGUUGGAAGUUGUCAAUUUGGAAGCAAAUGAUUUUGCUUUGGUUUUGCCCAAGUUGAAGUUGAAAGCGGUUAGAAUUGCUUCAAAUAGGUUGUUUGGAGAUGUUGCUUUGCAGGAUGUGUCAGCACAGGAUGUAAUUCUAUCUGAUAACGCAAAGCUUGAGGGUGUUACGUUGAGUCCUCAGACUAAUUACCUCAAUGUGACGAAUACUCCAGUUGUGUCUUUAGUUGGCCAUGGCCUAACAAAAUUAAUUCUUGAUGGAUGCAAAGAGUUCAAGUGGCAGGAAUUUAGAGUACCACCCCAGUUGUUGCAAUUAAGCAUGAAGGAGUGUAAUUUUGUUGAAGUCGACUAUAAAGAAGUCAACAGAAGUUUAAGAACCAUCAAUCUUUCGAGAAACAAGUUGACAAGACUUGACUUGAGAAACUUUACAGAAUUACAAGACAUCGAUGUUUCUCACAAUAACUUGUCCAAGUUGAACGCCGAAGAUUUCCCACUGUCUACAACCUCAAUUAAUGCCAAGAAUAACGUGAUUGCCGAAGUUAGUCUAUUCAGUUUGACAAACUUGGAAUGGUUGGAAAUCAGUGAAAAUGAACUCACACGGAUUUCCGAGCUUGGUAUGCCUGAUGAAUUACGGACCUUAAUCGCAAAUGACAACAACUUCAAGGAGGUUACAGCAGAAGGAUUUCGAUUACCAACAAACUUGCGUCACUUGGAGUUGAAUAGGUGCAAAAUAUCCAAAUUUGUUGCUGCGUUUCCACCAAAGUUGAUGUCGUGCAGCUUGAUUGAAAAUCAGCUCCGGGAAACAGAGUUUUCGGUAUCGUUUACUGCCCCACCUUCGAAUUUGAAGUUUUUAGAUUUGAGUAGUAAUUACUUUAAAUCAUUUGACUUUGAAAUGAUUUCGGGUGUUGGAAUGGAGUUGUCUGAAAUUAAUUUUGCUAAUAACAUGUUUGAUGAGGUUCCCAAAAUUCCCGGUAAUAUCUUGUCAGCAAUAUUGUUCAAGAAAUGA